GAGCCUUGAGUUUUUUUUGUACUCUCCUGAACGGAAAAGGAGUUAAUGGAAUACAAAGAUAAAGCAGCGAUUAAUAUUUUCAGUCAUACUAUACUGUACAUCAACUCAUCUAAACAUCAUGACCUAUCCGUGUCAAGAUAGCAAGGCACCAAUAUUCACGCAUUGCGCGGAGGUGGUAGUCGAUCUCGUCACGGUCAUCCACGUCCAAACUCAGGAAGCUUGCAGGAGAUAUCGCAAUUAUUAGGGCAGAGAUCACUCAGAAAGGACGCAGUCUCAAAGAUCUCCUCGGACCGCGUCCAAGAUAGACCCGGGAAGAUUGUCAGAGAUUGCAGGACCUUUAAGAGAGGCGUUGAAGUAUAAUGCAGAGAUGCCGUCUCCGGCUCUGGAGCGUCGAGGGACAUGGGCAAUGAUAACCGUUCCACAAAAGGGCAGUACAUCGCCAGAAACAGAAACGACAGGGUGCAUAGCGUCAUGACGUCCCCAGUCUUGAACGAGUUGCGCCAUAUCGGCGUCUCCGAUAUUGAACGAAGAUCGGGUUUUGAAGAAGAAUUUCUCCAUGCGUAUAACGAGCUUAUCAAGGGUUCUAGUUCCAAGAAUCCCAAGGCAGGAAAUGCCCCUUCUGGAAGCGACGGAUUGAACGACGCAGAAAGAUCAUUGUCUCCACCACGACCGACGCACGAAUCUGGCGCUGAUAUGGAAGACAAGUACCGGCACCUUGAGAGGACCUCGAAGCAAUCGGACAAAACGGGUGACAGGGUUUGUGGUAGCUGUAUGUUUUCGAGAUAGUGGUCAUCACCCAGAAUGAGACUUCGAAUUUGAUGGGCAUGAAUUUGGAUAAGAGGAACAAACCCCGGGGCUUCGCAUUUCGCGAUUUCACCCAAUCCUGUGGAACGGAAAGGCGAGGAGGGGCCGUUGACGAACGCUUGAAGGAUAAGACCAGAAUAACGCCCGCCUCUUCUCAGGCGUACAACAUAUUGCGCGUAGACCAUAAAUCGGCAAUAAUCUUCUGGACGAAGAGAGUCUGCCCAUCUUUGCCAUUCAUAUACUCUCAAGGGCCUAUGAUAAGAAACCAUAGAGCGUUCC